GUCCCUGGCUUUAUAUGCCUUUUGAUCUUCUUGGUUUAUAUACUAAACUGUUUCUCAGACUAUUUUACACAAGCAGAUGAUGUGGAAUGGUGUGGGAAAUUCUCGUGGCUCGUCGAAACCAAUGAGAAUUGUUGUGGUUGGUGAGAAGGGCACUGGGAAAUCAAGCUUGAUUCUGGCUGCAGCAAGAAAUACUUUCCAUCCAAACAUCGCUCCUCUGUUACCUUACACCAAUUUACCUUCUGAAUUUUUCCCUGACCGUAUACCCGCUACUGUCAUCGACACUUCUUCAAGACUGGAAGAUAAGGGAAAGGUAGUUAAGGAAGUGAAGCAAGCAGAUGCAAUUGUUUUGACAUUUGCAUUCGAUAGACCAGAGACUCUUGACCGUUUGAGUGAUCACUGGCUUCCUCUGUUUCGACAGUUAGAGGUGAGAGUUCCUAUCAUAGUGGCAGGUUGUAAUAUCGACAGCAAUGGGGCUUGUAAUCAAAUCAGCAUUGAGCAAAUAACGUCACCUAUGAUGCAACAAUAUCGAGAGGUCGAGACAUCUAUCCAGUGGUCUGCUCAGAGGCUAAAUCAGGUUAAAAACGUUCUCUACUAUGCACAAAAAGCGGUUAUUCACCCAGUAGGGCCUGUGUUUAAUCAAGAAACCAACUCACUGAAGCCGCGCUGUAUCGCUGCCUUAAAACGUAUCUACAUACUGUCUGACCAUGACAAGGAUUGUCUUCUCAAUGAAGACGAGUUAAACAUGCUUCAGGUAAAAUGCUUUGAUAUACCACUGGUGCCUUCUGAAAUUAAAGUAAUGAAAGAGACAAUGGAAAAGAAGUUUCCACCAGGAAUUAACGAAGAAGGGCUCACAUUGGAUGGUUUCUUGUUUCUAAACACACGGUUUAUCGAAGAAGCAAGGAUCCAAACACUAUGGACUAUACUUAGGAAAUUUGGGUAUAAUAACGAUCUAAGACUUGCAGAUGACUUGAUUCCUUAUUCUUUAUUCAAACGCCAGGCUGAUCAGAGUGUUGAGCUAACAAAUAUAGCUCUUGAAUUCUUAUGGGACGUCUAUGAAUUUUUUGAUAAUGACUCUGACAAUAACUUGAAACCUCAUGAGAUGGGAUAUCUCUUUGAAACUGCACCUGAGAGUCCUUGGAAAGAAGCUCCUUAUAAAGAUGCCUCAGAGGAAACUAAGGAUGGAGGAGUCUCUCUUGAAGCUUUCCUCUCACUGUGGUCAUUCAUGACACUAAUUGAUCCAGCUAGGACUCUGGAAUAUUUGAUGUACAUUAGAUUCCCUCAUCAUCCAUCUUCGGCGAUUCGCGUAACUAGGAAGCGAGUUCUAGACCGCAAGGAGAAGAAAUCCGAAAGAAAAGUUGUACAGUGUUUUGUGUUUGGCCCCAAGAAUGCUGGAAAGUCUGCAUUGCUCAAUCAAUUUAUCGGAAGGUCAUACGAUGAUGACAGCAACAACAACAAUGGAUCAACUGAUGAACGUUAUGCUGUAAAUAUUGUCAAAGAAUCUGUAAUGAUUAAUGCAAAUACAGAUAAAACUCUGGUGCUGAAGGAAGUUCGAAUUCAAGAAGAUGGAUCUAUGUUAUCAAAUGAAGCAUUGGCUGCUUGUGAUGUAGCAAUCUUCAUCUAUGAUUCCUCUGAUGAGUCCUCGUGGAACAGAGCCAUUGAUUUGCUUGCUGAGGUUGCAACCAUUGCCAAAGAUGCCGGUUACGUGUUUCCUUGCCUAAUGGUUGCAGCAAAAUCAGAUCUUGAUUCAUUUGAAAUGGCGAUCCAAGAAUCAACUAGAGUUACACAAGAUAUAGGGCUUGAUGCUCCAAUACCAAUCAGCUCUAAACUGGGAGAUUUCGGUAACUUAUUUCGCAAGAUCUUAACAGCAGCAGAGCAUCCUCAUUUGAAUAUUCCAGAGAUUGAGUCAAAGAAGAAAAAGAGCCGCAAGCUAAUCAACAAAUCUUUAAUGGCAGUUUCAAUCGGGACAGCCGCUUUGAUCGCUGGUAUGGCUUCGUUCCAUCUCUACACCGCAAGAAAGAAGAGUUAAUUCUUAGCUGAAGAAAGAUCACAGACCUGCAGAUUCCAUUGUGUUUGUUCAUAGAUG